AUUCCUUCAAAUAAAUUUGGAUUUAUUUUUGAAUUGUAGUGGCAAGUUUAGAAAUAUUAAAUAUUAAUUUUUUAGUUUAAAUUUGUCUGACUGAAUAGAAAUAUUUAAUUUUAAGAAUAAAUUUAAAUCGAAUAAUAAAAUUUAAUGCAAAAAUUAACUUGAUGCAGAGAAAAUACCGAGAUUUUCAAAUGAGGACGUAGGGAAGUCGGUGACAAUAAGAACAGAGCUAUAGAAAUAUAUUUAUCUAAUUUUGCGUGUAAUUAUAUAUAUAUUUUUUAUAAAUGGGCCUUGACGUAAUUUAACAUAUAUGUUAGUUUAUGAGUUGGUUCUUCUUGAUGGUACCAUACAAAAAAAAAAAAACUAUUUUUUCAGUGACAAGACAUGAAAGUGAUGAGAAGCACUUCUAAAAUUGUAAGGAAUGGUGAUUGACCAUUUCAAAACUUGGUAAAUCAUUCAUCACCAUUAUCCUAUUAACAGCUACUUUCAUGAAAAACAUUGCCCUCCUUAUCAGGAUAAAAAACAAAGUCAUCUUCCUGUCAACCUUUAAUCAACAAAAUCAAAAAAAAAAAAAAAAAAAAAAAAAAAAAAACCCAACACCACCACCGUAUCUCAAUUCCCCAUUAUAGCCAAUGGAGCUCUUUUCUCUCAAGUUCCCUUUUUCAAUCUAAAUUCUAAAACCAUCAUCCCUCUCCCAGGAGGGAUGGAGAUAGAAAAAAAACAUUUCUUCAAUCUUUUUCUAUCUUCCUCACUCUGGUCAUCUUCGAUGGCUGUCCUCCUGGCUCUUGUUUAUGGCUUUCUCGUUGUUGCCUCUGCAGAACCCGCCUCCUUCACUCCAGCUGAUCAGAUUCUUAUCAGUUGUGGCUCUAAGAGCUUGUCAGCUAUUCCUGAUGGAAGGGUAUUUAAGACAGAUCAUGAAGCUCAAAGUUUCUUACAAACUGACGAGAAUAUCUUAGUUUCUGUCCCUUCUGCAGAUGUUCCUUCUCCUAUAUAUUUGUCUGCUAGGAUUUUUGUUGACGAAGCUACUUAUGCAUUUACUAUGAAGUCUCCAGGAUGGCAUUGGGUUCGUCUCCAUUUCUUUCCAUUCAAAAACACUCAAUUUGAUCUCCAAGCGGCUACUUUUUCAGUUGUUACUGAUAAGUAUGUUCUUCUUCAUAACUUCAAUGUCAACGGAGAAACCAAACCUUUUCUUAAAGAAUAUAUAAUUAAUGUGACUGAUCCAAUGUUUUCUCUUCACUUUCAACCUUUGAAAAAUUCUGCUGCUUUCAUCAAUUCCAUUGAGAUUGUUUCUGCUCCUGAUGUUUUGCUUCCUGAUGAAGGCACAGGCCUUUCUCCAGUUUCAAGCUUUCCAGGCUUGACAAGUUAUAGCUACCAAGUUGUUUACAGGAUUAAUGUUGGAGGACCUUUGAUUACUUCAGCUAAUGAUACCCUUUUUAGGACUUGGGAAAAUGAUAAUAAAUAUCUUAAGGACUCGGCCUUGGCUAAGGCCGUGUCCAUCCCGACUUCUUCCAUCAAGUAUGGUGAAGGUAUCUCUCCUAUAAUUGCACCGGCAACAGUUUAUGCAUCUGCUCAACAGAUGGCUGAUUCAGAAACAAAACUGGCAAAUUUCAAUGUGACAUGGAAAUUUGAGGUUGAUACAUCAUUUAACUACUUGAUUCGCCUGCAUUUCUGCGACAUUGUGAGCAAAUCUCUAAAUGAUCUUUACUUCAAUGUAUACAUUAAUGGGAAAAUGGCAAUUUCAGGUUUGGAUUUGUCAUCCAUCACAGGCCAAUUGGCAGCCCCAUAUUUUAAAGACAUUGUUGUGAAUUCAACUUUGAUGUCUGAUGGACUAAAUGUUCAAGUGGGUCCAAUGGGUGAGGACACAGGUACUAUAAAUGCUAUUCUUAAUGGAUUGGAGAUCCUGAAAAUGAGCAGCUCAGUUGAUAGUUUGGAUGGAGAAUUUGGGGUUGAUGGCAGGAUGGCUCUAGCCUCUCGCAGCACGGUCGCGGCCGUCGGAUUUGCUAUGAUGUUUGGUGCAUUUGUUGGUCUUGGAGCCAUGGUGCUCAAAUGGCACAAAAGGCCACAAGAUUGGCAAAAGAGAAAUAGCUUCUCUUCUUGGUUGCUUCCUAUUCAUGCUGGUGAUUCUAGUUUCAUGGCAAGCAAAACCAAUUAUUCAUCUAGUCUUGGCUUAGGCCGUUAUUUCUCCUUCUCAGAAUUGCAGGAAGCCACCAAGAACUUUGAUCGAAGUGCUAUAAUCGGAGUCGGCGGUUUUGGGAAUGUGUAUCUUGGUGUGAUUGAUGAAGGUACAAAAGUUGCUGUUAAGAGAGGAAACCCACAAUCCGAACAAGGAAUCACAGAGUUCCACACAGAAAUUCAGAUGCUGUCCAAGCUCAGGCAUAGGCAUUUAGUGUCGCUAAUUGGUUAUUGCGACGAAAAUGAAGAAAUGAUCCUAGUUUACGAGUACAUGUCGAAUGGUCCUUUCAGGGAUCAUCUGUAUGGAAAGAAUUUACCUCCAUUGUCAUGGAAAAAAAGACUAGAGAUCUCCAUUGGAUCUGCUCGUGGACUCCAUUACCUGCAUACUGGGACUGCACAAGGAAUCAUUCAUCGCGAUGUAAAGACGACGAACAUCUUGCUUGAUGAUGCCUUUGUUGCUAAAGUUGCGGACUUUGGGCUAUCUAAAGAUGCACCAAUGGGUCAGGGCCACGUAAGCACUGCAGUGAAGGGAAGCUUUGGUUACCUGGAUCCUGAGUAUUUCAGGAGACAACAGUUGACAGAUAAAUCAGAUGUGUACUCAUUUGGGGUAGUGUUGCUUGAAGUUUUGUGUGCAAGGCCUGCCAUUAAUCCCCAGCUCCCAAGAGAGCAAGUUAACUUGGCUGAGUGGGCUAUGCAAUGGAAGAGAAAAGGAUUGCUUGAAAAAAUCAUAGAUCCAAUUCUUGUAGGCACAAUAAAUCCUGAAUCAAUGAAGAAAUUUGCUGAGGCAGCAGAGAAAUGUCUAGCUGACAAUGGAGUUGACAGACCUUCAAUGGGAGAUGUUCUGUGGAACUUGGAAUAUGCUCUACAGUUACAGGAAGCUUUCUCACAAGGAAAAACUGAGGAAGAAAAUAAAUCAUCCACAGGUUCAGCAGCCUCCCCAGUUGAAGCUGCUCCUCCUCCGACCUCCGAUGACCGGCCGGUUUAUGUUCCUGAUGAAAAUAGAAACACAGCUGAAGUUAGAGCCAUUGAUGAACAUUCAGGAACUGCAAUGUUUACCCAAUUUGCAGGGCUUAAUGGAAGAUAAAAACAAAGUUGUAGAUGUGUUUCACUAACAGAAGAGCCUGGCUAAAUCAAGCGUCUGACUCCAUCUUUGAACUUUAUGAGGAGGCCCCAAGCUUUUGCAGAUUGUUUGAAGAACUGGAUAAUUCUGGGCAGCACUGAAGAGGUCAUUGAGGGCCAGGAUUUCUCAUAGUCUCUCUUUUUUUUUUUUUUUUCUUUUUUAUAUAUUUGAUGGUUAUUAUUAUUUUUUUCUUGUUUUAGUAUUUGAUUUGUUGGUUAUAGAGAUAUGUGGGAUCGAUAGAUUCAUAGUUGCAGCUUCAUUUUUCCUACUAUUCAGAAAUUUUGUAAUUGUUAUUUUUCUUGG